ACAUUGUGGUUCCAUUCCAUAGGCGACUAACCAAUCAAAGACCUUCGUGAGUGUUGAGCGAGAUGCGCGUAUUUACAGUAUUCUAAUAGCGUUGGCAUAAAACUAGUGUCGGACUGGUCGUGUAUCGGAAGGGCGAUGCCAGGGAUAACCAAGUAUAAUUUAGUGGAUGAUGCACAGGAUUUGAGGAUCCCCAUGCACAACGAGGCGGCAUUUCAGCAUGGAGUCUGCUUUGAGGCAAAGUACAUUGGCAGUCUGGAAGUCGGUCGUCCAAAUAGCCGAAUGGAGAUAGUGGCUGCAAUGAGAAGGAUAAGGUAUGAAUUCAAAUUGAAGAACAUCAAGAAGAAGAAAGUCAACAUCAUCGUGUCUGCGGAUGGUGUAAGGGUGGUUUUGCGAAAAAAGAAAAAGAGGAAAGAGUGGUCUUGGGAUGACAAUACAGUCAUGAUAACACAAGACCCCAUCUACAGGAUUUUCUAUGUGUCACAUGACGCCCAGGACUUGAAGAUCUUCAGUUACAUUGCAAGAGAUGGAAAGAGCAACAUGUUCCGUUGUAAUGUCUUCAAAUCCAAGAGGAAGUCCCAGGCCAUGCGCAUCGUGCGGACGGUGGGCCAGGCCUUUGACGUGUGCCACCAGCUGACCCUGCAGCAGACAGGGGAACAGAUCUCAGAGGAUGGAGGGGACACCAGCACUGCCGACGCAGAGGGGGCAGACGCCGUGCCAGCCAAGAAGAGGUUGGCAUUGUCUGAUUCCACUGACCUUGAAGCCACUACAGAGGAGAGCAUCGACCGUUUGUCAUCCGACCAGGACAAGAGCCAGGACCUUCACAGUAAAGAUGGGAAGGACCCAACCCAGCAGCUGACCACAUCCAGGUCAGGGCCACCUGUGUCAAGCUUGCUAGCUGUGGACUGCUCUGUGGCACACCAGGUGCAGCUUCUCCAGAGACAGCUCCAGCAGCAGGAGCAGCAGGCCCAGGCUGCUGCAGCACAGGUGCGCUUGCUCCAGGACCAGCUGUCAGUGGAGGUGUGUGCCAGGACAGACGCCCAGGCCCGGGUUCAGAGACUCCUACUGCAGAACACUGAUCUACUGCAGCACAUCUCCCUACUGGUCAAUCAGAUCCAGGAGCUGGAGCUCAAAUCUGUUGCAGGACUCAGCUCCAUGGGCUCCCAAGACAGUCUGCUGGAGAUCACCUUCCGUGCCAAGCCCCCCUCCUUGCUACAUGACAUCACCACCACCACCACCACCCACACCUCCAUGGGCCCCCUGCAGGUUCAGCCCCAGAUAACCAAUGGCCCCUGGGCCUCCAUCCUACCAGGGGCCUCUCCUCCAGGGACCAGGGCCCCGGACAGCCACUCUCUGGGCCCGGGCGGAGUGAGGCUGGAGUGCUUCCGCUUCCCUCGCAGUGGGGGAGGGGACAACCACGAGAGCCAGAACCAGGAGGCUGAGAGUCCAUGCUCGGGCUGCCCAGGCGGGGACUCCCCUCUGGGGGUUCUUGGAUCCCUGGAGCUCCUCCGUUUCCGGGAGUCGGGGAUAGGUUCGGAGUACGAGUCCAACGCGGAUGAGAGCAGUGACAGGGACAGCUGGGGGCGGGGAGAGGGGGCACGGCCUGAGGGCGUGGCACUUCUGUUCAACGUAAUGAAUGCGGAGAGCCCCGCGGACUGUCUGGGUGAUGAGGUGGCCGUGUAGCCCUCCGCGGCUUCGACUUCACCCAAGAACAAAAUCAUAUCACACAGUCUACAGUUCUAUGGUGUUAACUGUUCACCACCCUCCAAACUCUGCUCUGCAGUCCUUUUGUUUGAUAUUUGUUUGUUGCAUUUUUUUGUAUUUGUUGGAUAUUUUGUUUUUGUUUAUAUUUGGUCACGUUUGUCUGAUGUUUAUUUAUAUCUGUUGCAGUUAAUUACAUGUGUUUCUUGAAUGUGUUUACAUUUUUCCAUACAUUUUGUCUCAGCACUUGACUUGCGACUGCUGUUCCUGCUCUCCUGGGCUUACUGCAGUGUAGCUGUAGUUUGUGUAACAGCUGUCUAAAUAUGUGGUUCUGGCCUGUGUUAUUGAAGCAUUGUGUAAUAGUGAAACACACCCAGCAUGGCCAGUCGUUGGCGCUGUUUUUUUUUUUUGACGAAAAGACUCUGAAUGAGUUGAAAAUGAGUAAACGUCUAAUGUAAAGACUGCGAACUUCAAAAGCCCGCUGUACUAGUGCUGUAUUACAUGACUGGAUCAUAUUUGUGACUGACAAUUGAUUCAAGACAGUUUACAUUCAAGUUUUCCUCCACCGUGAUGCUCCAUGCAAUAAGUCCUCUUUCCCAAGACUUUGGUACGAUUCACUUUUGAGCCAACUCAAUAUCAUACACCCAAACAGUUGUUGUUAUUUGUUUGGUGCAAUUGAAGAAAGAAAAAAAAAUGAGUGGUCUUUUGUUGAAUGACAACACACACUUCAUUGAAUAAUCCCUACUCUUGACCAAUGACUGAUGAAGGGGCGUAGACUUCGGCACCGAACAUCAGCUUGCCUCAAUUUCUUUUGUGUUCACAAACAGCCGAACAAACCCUUACCGAAGACCAAAACUUCACAAAAUGGCGUCAUAAUAUAUGCAUGAACUGUUCCAAACUGUUUCGGAAGGGAAGCGGACGCCUUAAGUGUACAAUAUAUAUCACCACAGUUAUUUACCCUCUCUCCCAAUACAAGGCAUGCUAGGGUUUAGAUGGAACCAAUACUAUCUCAAUAGUUUCUAAUAUCAAAUUUAAAUCAAAUGUAUUUAUAUAGCCCUUCGUACAUCAGCUGAUAUCUCAAAGUGCUGUACAGAAACCCAGCCUAAAACCCCAAACAGCAAGAAAAGCAGGUGUUGAAGCACUAAUAGAGUAGAGGUUUGAAGCCAAUUGAAUAUCACUUAGCCAAAAGGUUAUAACACCUAUAUCUACACUAGCUCAACAUAGCGAUUUUUCCCUCUCCCAAGAUUAAGGCGGUUAGGAUUCAGUUUGGAGCCAACUAUAUAUCACUACUCUUUAGACAUUUACUGACUUUAUCAUCCCCCUAAGGACAAUUUGUUUGCAACACAGAGGUGUGUGUGUGUAACAAAAUCAGCAGCAGCAUAUUUAGCAGGUUCUGCUCUCCCUGCAGCUUGGCUGUCACUGCUCCCCCAUGUCUCCGUACUGCACCAAUGCCGCAUUGUCAUGUUCUAAUGGCCCAGCUGUCAAACAGGCGGGACUUUUUGAGUCGGCUCCAAGCCACUGACUCAUCGUAUUGGGACUACGUCUUUGAGCGCUCUACAAAUCGAUACAUCGCUUACAUCGCUCUCUUUUUUAAUGUGUUUUACACUCUCCCUCUCUCUCUCCCUCACACACACACACACACACACACACACUAUUUUUCCCUGUCACCCUCCAUUUUUUUAUUAUUUAUUUACUAAAUACUAAUCACACAGAAUUACACAUACACAUAAUUAAAUCGUAACUUGAUUACAAAUUACGUCAUAAAGGAAAAAGUCCCUAGCGGGCGGAACAGAUAUGACAGCUGGUUACACAAAAGAAAAGGGCUGGGUUUGAGUGAAAGAGCGGGAAGACUGAGGAACAAAGGGCGAAGCUGUGCUAUAGUAAAUACAGAAUCUUAUGCAUUCUAAAUUACCGCCCAUUUGGAAAAGGAAAAUGCAAUAAAUAUUUACUCUGAGCUGCGCUUCGGUAGGUUGGUGGUAGAUGGAAGGCCGUGUUGCCCAACCGAGUCCUUUGUCCUUAGAAGAAUGUCUCUGCUGGUAAAUUGGAUACGUUGUAGUAAUGCUGUUGUCUGGUAGAAGGGAUACUCUGUCUGUUCCUUCCUAACCUGCGUUUGCAGCUGCUGUUGCUAACUCAAAGGCUAGGAGGUAUCACUUCUGUAGUGAAUAAGAGUUCAAAGUACAUACCAUUCGCAACCAAAGCUCACGCUGAUGUUGUCUUCGUUCUGUAGUUAUCUGAACCAUUCUGACAUCGGACCGUCGUCCUCACAUCCUCGGAACAGGAGGUUACAUUGUCGUCAAGGCUUUAUAUAGGAAGGGAGAGGAGGGCGUGUUUGAAAAGUUUUAUAGCCCAUGUCCCUUCACAGGGGUGGAGCCACUGAUUGAGCAUAGCCCUAACCUUAUGAAAACCCAAAUCUCACAUUUUAGAAGCUAAAAUCCCAUUUCAUCCCAUCACGAAUAAUUUCAUAUUCAAACAUGUAAAUUGAACAACAAUUCCAUGUGAAUCCGAUAACUCUGAUGUGUAGACUUUCCACUGUAGAAUUUGUCAUCUUAUCAUUGAUGAGAAUGUCUCUGAUGACAACCGAACUGACAUCAUAUUCAUUAAGUACCACCGCAUAUGUUCAAUUGGUUGGAAUACCAGAAUAUAGUUCAUUUCCCAUCACCUUCUGAUGUUCCCAGAAUCUCUAUGUUAACCAAGUAGGGUAGAGAGAGGAAAAAGGGGGAAGAGGUAUUUUUGACUGUCAUAAACCUACCCCCAGGCCAACUUCAUGACACUCUCAAUAGUUUAUUUUCAGGGUCAUGUCUUUUCUGAUAUGAAAGUGCACAAAAAGUGGAAAGGGAAGAUACAUCCAGUUGGACAACUGACUAAGUGCAUUCAGUUAGGUGUGAUGUCACUAAUGCUCUCCUCACUGAAUUAAACACCCAUUCUCAAAUGCCAUGUUCGAUGUAUCUCCUCUUUUAGCUCAUCUGAAUGAAUUAAAAAUAGCUUACUGUCGUAGAAGGUGUCCCAAAUGGCACCCUAUUUCCUAUGUAGGGCACUGCAUUUGAACAAAACCUGAUCAAAAUAAGUGCACUACAUAGUGAAUAGGGUGCCAUUUGGGACACAUCCUUAGUUCGCCUUAUCCAGACCCGGGUUCAAAUACUAUUUGAAAUCUUUGAAAUAUUUUAAGCAUCACCUUUAAGAUGGGCGGGGGGGUGCACUUUUGGGACUGUUCUAUUACAUCCAUUGCAAAAGGCAAGCUCAAUCAAGCACAGCUGAAGUAUUUGAAAUUAUUUCAAAUAGUAUUUGAACCCAUGUCUGCUCUUCUCAUAUUCAGCACCGAUUCUCCUCUGGAUAUGACUUUCCGUUCUCCAACUAACGUUGACCUUUUCAACUAUCUGUCUCUGUGGGUAUUUAUAGCUAUUUUCUGUCUGUGGACUGUGUUGAGAUCAUUUUUAAAGGUGCCGGCCUAACUGGGAGAGUGAGAAGACAACAGCGCUGGUCUUCGGAUUGGGUCAGUACCCUUGGGAGCAUUCGUUAAGCUCAACGUGACAAGACUACUGACACCUCCCUGUUGCCUAACUUUGGGUAGUAAUGAGGUCGAACACGUAAAUGUUGGACAUGCUACAAAACAUUUGAUGUUUAUGGAAUCGAGUGUUUUGACUCAUCAGAGUUCUGAAGGUGUGUGCCCCUGUCUGAUGGUUGACUUCAUGACUAUAUAGCUGAUAUGACGGUCAUUUCUAAAUCAGUAUUUUCAGUGCUUCAGCUUAAAGUGCAGCCAAAAGUUCCAUGAAUAUCAAGAAAAAUAUUCAGCUUUUCAUUUUUUAUUCAUUUGUAAAUAUUAAUAAAAACAUAAUUCCACUUCG